GGCAGUCACAUGAUUGCCUCUCUUGCAGCAGAUCGUUCUUUCUCGAGCGAAGGGAUCCUGGGGCGCCGGCUGGCUUCUUUCCUUUAGGGUUUGCAAUCCACCUGAGAUGCAGAUUCCGGGGCUUGGAGAAGGGGACGAAGGAGGAGGAGAGGAGGAAGAGGAAGACCGCACUCCGCUCCUAUUGCGAGGGUCGCCCUUUAUCGCCAAGGCGGGUGAGAAGAGCAGCCCCGUCUUUUGUCCUCAGCAUUGCUUGGGAGGCAGGGAAGGAGCAGAUCCGUCCAUCCAGCUUGCUCCAAUAUGCUGCUCUGCUCGUCUAAGUUUAGCCAUCUGGGCCUUCUUUGGCUUCUUUCUCUUAUACGCCCUCCGUGUGAAUUUAAGUGUUGCCUUGGUGGACAUGGUGGAAUCAAAUGCAAGCUUACCCAAAAAUACAUCUUCGACAUGCCCAGAGCACUCUGCAACUCCAGUUGUAUUUCGUAACACAACGGGGAAAAAAUAUUCCUGGGAUGCGGAUACCCAAGGCUUAAUCCUUGGUUCCUUCUUCUACGGCUACAUCAUUACUCAGAUUCCUGGCGGGUAUCUUGCCCGCCGGAUUGGUGGGAAGUUGCUGCUGGGCUUUGGCAUCCUGGGCACUGCCGUUUUCACUUUGUUUACGCCUGUAGCAGCAGAUCUAGGAGUUGGAUUCCUCAUUGCAGUCAGAGCUUUGGAAGGCCUGGGUGAGGGUGUGACCUUUCCUGCCAUGCAUGCAAUGUGGUCCUCUUGGUCUCCUCCAUUGGAACGCAGCAAACUUCUUAGUAUUUCAUAUGCAGGUGCACAGCUAGGAACUGUUGUGUCUCUUCCAUUGUCUGGCUUGAUCUGUUUUUAUAUGGAUUGGGUUUAUGUAUUCUACAUAUUUGGUGCCCUAGGUGUGCUGUGGUUCUUCUUUUGGGUAUUGAUGGUUAGUGAUACACCUGAAACACACAAAAGAAUUUCUCAUGCAGAAAAAGAAUACAUUCUCUCUUCUCUUACUGAACAGCUUUCUAGCCAGAAAUCUGUGCCUUGGAAAGCCAUGUGGACAUCCCUUCCACUCUGGGCUAUUGUUGUAGCACAUUUUUCUUAUAACUGGACUUUCUACACCCUCCUUACCUUAUUGCCUACAUACAUGAAGGAAAUUCUGAGAUUUGAUGUGCAGGAGAAUGGAUUUUUAUCUGCACUCCCUUAUUUUGGCUGCUGGGUUUGUAUAAUUCUCUCUGGCCAGUUUGCAGAUCACCUACGGGAAAAACAAAACUUUUCUACUGUAUGUGUGCGCAAAACAUUUACUCUAAUAGGAAUGAUUGGGCCUGCAGUAUUCCUCGUAGCAGCUGGAUUUAUAGGUUGCAAUUACAAACUGGCUGUUGCAUUUGUGACUAUAUCAACAACACUAGGGGGCUUUUCCACAUCUGGCUAUAGCAUCAACCACCUGGAUAUUGCACCAUCAUAUGCGGGCAUCCUGCUAGGAAUCACAAAUUCAUUUGCUACCAUCCCAGGAAUGGUAGGGCCGCUUGUUGCUAAAAGCCUGACUCAUAGCAACACUGUGGGAGAGUGGCAGAUUGUAUUCUACAUCGCCGCUGCCAUUAACUUAUUUGGAGCCUUUUUCUUUGCACUUUUCGGCAGCGGAGAAGUACAAGACUGGGCCCUUGAUGGUUACCACUUACAUAGGAACUGAAGGGACACUAGAGCUCAUCCUCAAGCAUUACAAUCAUGUGAUUUGGAUUGCCUUUCACAUGACAUCUACAAUGCCUUCUGCAACUCUCCUUUAUAGGGAUUAGAAGACAUUUUACCUUUUGAUAUGUUGAUUUGUUUUAUUUUGUAAUAAAUUGGGAUCUAUUACUGUAGUCUUGAAUUUUCCCUUGGUCUGUGAUUCAUGUGAGUCCGUCACAUUUUAAUUAAAGUAUCAACUUUUUAAAA